GAAGAGAGAGAGAGAAGCAGGUGAGCGCUUUUUGAAGCGGAAGACUUGAGCGAGCACAAAUAAACCUGGCGAGCUCUGCUGCAUGUCAAAGCCACGAUGGAUUCCCGCUGAGCCGCAGCUCUCGCUUCCCGUCCACGGCGCCACCUACUCCUCUCUACGCGUCUCGCCUCCAGAUCUGCAUUUGCCGUUUUCCACCCUUGUCCGCACUCUCAGCUCCGGAUCUCCAGCGGCGACGCGGCUGACGGCGCCACUGCCAUGAGCGGUUGACCCGGCGGCUUCCUGGCUCGGAUCUAGACGGAAGAUCAAAAUGGACGCUGCCUCCCGUCCCGCUGUGGUCAUCGACAAUGGCACCGGGUACUCAAAAAUGGGAUUUUCAGGCAAUGUCGAACCUAGUUUCAUCAUCCCUACAGUUGUUGCUGUUAAUGAGUCCUUUUCCAAUCAACCUAAGAGUUCCACUAAGGGAAAUUGGCUUGCACAUCAUAAUGCAGGCGUAAUGGCCGACCUUGAUUUUUAUAUUGGGGAAGAAGCUUUAUCAUGCUCUCAAUCUAGUAGUACAUACAGUCUUAGUUACCCUAUUCGUCAUGGCCAGGUUGAAAAUUGGGAUACAAUGGAAAGGUUUUGGCAGCAAUGUAUCUUCAAUUAUCUACGUUGUGACCCUGAAGAGCACUACUUUCUUCUUACUGAGAGCCCACUUACAGCUCCUGAAAACCGCGAAUAUACAGGAGAAAUCAUGUUUGAGACAUUUAACAUUCCUGGACUGUAUAUAGCAGUUCAGCCUGUCUUAGCCCUUGCAGCUGGUUACACUACUUCAAAGUGUGAAAUGACAGGUGUCGUUGUUGAUGUUGGUGAUGGUGCUACACAUGUUGUGCCAGUUGCAGAUGGUUAUGUGAUUGGCAGUAGUAUUAGAUCAAUACCUAUCGCAGGCAAGGAUGUUACCCAUUUCAUCCAGCAACUUAUGAAGGAAAGGGGUGAACAUAUACCUCCAGAAGAUUCUUUUGAUGUAGCAAGGAAGAUCAAAGAAAAUUAUUGCUACACUUGUUCAGACAUUGUCAAGGAGUUCAAUAAACAUGAUAAAGAUCCUGGUAAAUAUACCAAGCAAUGGGUUGGCGCUAAACCAAAGACUGGAAACCGGUACUCAUGUGAUAUUGGAUAUGAGCGCUUUCUUGGUCCAGAGAUUUUCUUCCAUCCUGAAAUUUAUAAUAGUGAUUUUACCGCUCCUCUACCUGCUGUUAUUGAUAAGUGCAUUCAAUUAUCUCCUAUUGAUACAAGAAGGGCUCUAUAUAAGAAUAUAGUAUUAUCCGGGGGUUCAACUAUGUUCAAGGACUUUAAUAGGAGAUUACAACGAGACCUAAAACGGAUAGUGGAUGCAAGAAUUGUAGCAUCUGACGGCCAACUCAAGGAAGAUCUAAAAUCUCAACCUAUUGAAGUUAAUGUUGUCAGCCACCCUGUUCAGAGAUAUGCAGUUUGGUUUGGUGGUUCCGUCCUUGCAUCAACACCAGAGUUUUAUGGGGCAUGCCACACGAAAGCAGAAUAUGAGGAAUAUGGAGCCAGCAUUUGCAGAACAAAUCCUGUCUUCAAAGGCAUGUAUUGAAAUGUUAAAAGAUUCCCAAUUCAUGGGAGUUCUCAGAUGCAGUGUCAAGCUUCAAGCAACCAGAAAGUUUCCUUUUUGCAUCUGAGAGGUAAUGGAAAGAUUUUAAAUUUGUAUCUUAGAUUCAUGCUUCAGAAAUGAACUAUGUACAUCACUUUUCGAUGAGGUGGAUGAUUUGUUUGUGUUUUUCCAUUACAUAUUACUGUAAUAUGGUUGGAUUUGAUUUAUUUGCUAAAAUUGUGCCUUGUAAAAGAAAAUUGGGCUACAUCAAUGAUUGUUGGGGCAUGAUUUUAGUGA